AUAAAAAAUUUGUAGAUCCAUUUGUAGAUUCGUAAAGAAAAAUGAAAAUCAUCAUUGCAUUAUCGGUGGCCACCAUCUUGGUGAGCUUCGUCAACGGCCAUGGUCGUCCAAAAUCAAUCACCACAUUUGAACAGUUCAAACAAACUUUUGGUAAAAAAUAUGAAAAUAUCCAACAAGAAAUGGAAGCACGAAAAAAUUUUCUCGAAUCCUUACAAUUCGUUCAACAAAACAAAGGAGCUGCUAUCAAUCAUUUAUCCGAUUUGUCAUUAGAACAAUUCGAACAAUCCUACAUGAUGAGUCAAGCGAACAUUGCUGCCCGACAAUCCAAUGCUCAAAUGGAUUUCUGCGAUUUUGAAACUUCGAAAGCUUCCACAUCAAAAUCAUUGGAUUUGCGUUCGUUGAAUCAUUUGACACCGAUACGUAAUCAAGGUGCAUGCGGUUCAUGUUGGGCAUUCGCCGGUGUAGCUGCUGUUGAAUCAGCUUAUCUAGCAUUCCGCAAUCAAUCCAUUAAUUUGGCUGAGCAGGAAUUGGUUGAUUGUGCAGCCAGACGUGGUUGUCACGGUGAUACUAUACCAAGAGGUUUGGAUUACAUUCAACAGAAUGGUAUUGUCGAAGAACAAGCAUAUGAGUAUAAUGCUCGAGAAAACAAUUGCGAACCACCGGAAAAUCCAAGACACUCGAUCGAGCAAUAUUGUCAAAUUGAUCAUUCGAAUGUUGAAUUGAUUAAAACAGCAUUGGAUAAAUAUAAAUCGGCAGUUGCUGUCAUAAUCAAUAUCCAUAACAUUAAUGCUUUCCGCCAUUACGAUGGAAGUUAUGUAAUAACAACUGAUCGUGGCAUUAUUCCACAUUAUCAUGCUGUCAAUGUUGUCGGUUACGGAACGUCACCCGAAGGUGUUGAUUAUUGGAUUGUACGUAAUAGCUGGAGUGAUAAUUGGGGUGAAAAUGGCUAUGGAUAUUUCGAAUCCAAUGAAAAUCUUAUGCAUUUGGAAGAAUAUCCUUAUGUAGUCAUGUCAUUGAAAUGAUGACCAAAACCAAAUCUAACUUUAUUUUCAAAACAAAAAUCAAAAAAUCCAAUAAAAUAAUACAAAACAAUAACGCCA